AUGGCAGACCCCAGAGCACUGCUUUUCAUCCGCGAUAGGGAAGAGCAAGGUGACCUGAAAGGCCAUCAUCAAGGUAACCGCCGUAAAGGCCUCUCCGGAACCGUUUCCUCCUCAGAAACCGGAACACCAAUGCAAGCCAAGCUACGCAGCGGUGGUCUCCUCGACUCCCUUGAGGUCGGAACUGUUGGUACCGGCAGGACCAAAACCGUUAAAGAAGCUCGGAAGCAAGGGGAGACCCCGCAAUCACCCAAGGGCUAG